GAAAAGAAAAAAAAAUGCGAAUGCACGGCGGGCGGCGUGCGGUCGGUACGGUCCUGGCUCGAUCUCGUGCUGUCAGUGCGCGACAGUGCGCCGGACGCUCGCUUGACUUAGGGAGUGCCCGUGCCGAUGCAAAGUGUAAGUGAAGUGGCCUACAGACCUACAUUUGUCUAACGUUCCAUUUUUUUUCACGGGCCGACGGGAACGAGAGGUUAACGAAUACCUCCGCUCUUUUCUUCGGUAAAACGUAGCGUGUGCGUGUACCUGCGAUGCCGCCGUCCCGUGAUAUACCAACGUUCGACUGACGAGACGGACGAGAGAAAGAAAGAAAGAGAGAGAGAGAGUGACUGAGAGAGAUAGGUAGAUAAGUAGACAAAGAUAGAGAGAGAGAGGGAGAGAGAGCGGCCGGGAACGAGCGAGCGAGUGAACCGUAGCGGUGCGGUGGUGCAGGUUCGGUACGUCUCGGACACUGCGCUCUGACCAGUGUGUACUCGUGAAAGGAGAUAGAGUGAGAGGGGAGAGAGAGAGAGAGAGAGAGAACUCGUGAGCGUGCGCGAGAGUGACGGAGAAGAGUGGCAGAGACGUGAGAGUGAGAGAGUAUGAUAGGAGAGCGUACGAGAGCGAAAGCGAGUGUACGAGACGUCGGCGGGAGGGAGGGCGGAAAAGAGUAAAAGAUAGAAAGAGAGAGGGAGAGAGAGUGAGUGUGGAAAAAAGAGGGAACGGAGUGCACGUUACCGCGAAGAGAGAGAGAGAGAGAGAGAGAGAGAGAGAGAGAGAGAGAGAGAGAGAGAGCGCAAAAGGGAGUAGGUACGUAAAAGAGUGUAGGUGUUCUUCCUAGGAGAAGUGCGUGCGCUCACGGGAACAACGUGCAAGAGAAGUGGAGGGAAUCCUGCCUGUCCGUUUGUCUAUCUGUCCGUCUAACCGCCGGGACGCGCGAGGCCCGGAAUGGCUGCGAGGACAGGGGAGGGCGAGGGUGAGAGCCCCGCGACAGUCUUCGACAACAAUGCCGGCAUCGUGACGACGGCGGGUUCCCUCGCGGAAUCAUCCACGUCGUCUUCGUCCUCCUCCUCCGCUACCGCAGCCGCCGCCGCCGCCGCGGUGCCAACGGUGAUCCUGACAGAGAGUACCGCUACGAGCGCCGGUAGUCUGCCCUUGGGAUCUCAACAACAAGGCAACCUGCAUCAAGUACAUCAACAACAACAACAACAACAGUCGCGACAGAGAGAUUGUCUGAUUGCCGAUGUACCCGUCAAUGAUGUCGCAGGUAACCUCAAUGACUCGCUCUUCAAGUCUUUGUUGUCGCUAAUGUGCCGCUUGCCAACCCCUCUUCUCCCUUCCCUUCUCCUUUCUCUUUCCUAACUUCGCUCU